AUGGAUGGCGCUAAUAAGGGAGAAAUACCCGAUGGUCAUUCGGUUAUCAAGAGACUCCAAAGCGAGUUGGUGCAGUUGAUGAUGUCUCCGACACCAGGUUUAAGUGCGUUUCCAGAAAAUGAAGAUGAUCUUACGAGGUGGAUAGGAGUUAUCAGUGGUCCCGACGGAACACCUUACGAGGGACUGAGAUUCAAAAUAUCCUUCAAGUUCCCGCAAAGCUAUCCUUACACUCCUCCAAAGGUCGUGUUUGUUAGUCCAAUGUGGCACCCAAACGUCGACAUGAGUGGGAAUAUCUGUUUGGAUAUACUGAAAAACCAGUGGUCCGCCGUAUACAACGUUCAAACGAUUCUGUUGUCACUCCAAUCGCUGCUGGAGGAACCAAAUAAUAGCUCUCCAUUGAACGCGGUAGCAGCGGAACUGUGGGACAACGACAUGGACGAAUAUAAGAAAAAACUGUUAGCGCGCUAUGAGGAACUGGAAGACUAA